AAAGACAAACAAAACCCUAGCUGACUAAACGAGUGCGAGCCUUUUCCCCCAUCCUUCCUCCCUCGUCCUCCUCAUCUACCGCCGCGCGCCGCCGCUCCUCCCCCCUCGCCUCGCUGCCCUCACCGAGCUCCAUGGCGGCGCCGGAGACCUCCACCUGCGGCGCGGGCCCCGCGCUCCUCUUCCCGUCGUCCUCGUCCUCCUCGUCGUCCGCGCGGGUGGAGGCCGUCGUCGUAUUCACCAUCUGCGACAGCUUCGUGCGCCGGCCCGACCAGGCGGAGCGCGUCAUCGGCACCCUCCUCGGCUCCGUCCUCCCCGACGGCACCGUCCACGUCCGCAACGCCUACGUCGUCCCCCACAGCGAGUCCGCCGACCAGGUUGCUCUCGACAUUGAGUACCACCACAACAUGUACGCGUCGCACCAGAAGGUGAACCCCAAGGAAGUGCUUGUGGGAUGGUUCUCCACUGGCUUUGGUGUUUCAGGGGGUAGUACGCUUAUCCACGAAUUUUAUUCAAGAGAAGUACAGAGCCCUAUUCAUCUUACUGUUGACACUGGCUUCACCAUGGGGGAGGCUUCCAUCAAAGCCUAUGUCUCAUCCAACCUGUCUCUUGGAGAUAGGCACCUUGCCGCACAAUUUCAGGAAAUUCCUCUGGACUUGAAGAUGCUUGAUGCAGAAAAAGUUGGAUUUGAAAUGCUGAAAUCUACGAUGGUGGAGAAGCUCCCCAACGAUUUGGAAGGAAUGGAGUCUUCAAUGCAAAAUCUAUAUGCUCUUAUUGACGAGAUCUACAAAUAUGUUGAUGAUGUUGUGGAAGCUCGUGUGGCACCAGACAACAAGAUAGGCAGGUUCAUUGCUGACACCGUCUCCUCCAUGCCAAAGCUGUCUCCAGCAUCUUUUGACAGGCUCUUCAAUGACAAGAUUCAGGACAAUCUUGCGCUGGUAUACCUGUCAAGCAUCACACGGACUCAGAUCGCGGUCGCCGAGAAGCUGAACACCGCCGCCCAAGUCCUGUGAUUCAUGUGUUGUUUGGGUAGCUGCCAACUCCAUGCCGUGACAGCAUCUGUGCUUGGUUUUCGUUUGCUUGAAUGAGAGAUCAGAAUAUGUUGUCAGAAUAUGCAUUUUUGUACCUGUUAUCCAAGUUCUAAAGAAAUGAAUUCUCCGCACUUGAGAUCCUAAUGUUUGCACUAAUGUGGGCCCAUACCUUUCCAUUGGAUUUAGUAUAGUACUUUGUUUCUGGCUGAAUAUUUGUAAUGCCUGAUGAUUGUCGGAGGAACAGUGAAUGCUGGCUUUGUUUUUCUUCGCUCCCUUUUAGUCAGAGAACGUUUUCAA